AUGGCGUUUCCAGCACUUCAUAUAGUCGAACCCAAGGAUGCUCACACACAUACGGCCGUCCUCCUCCACGGCCGUGCGAGCAACGGUGCUGAGUUCGCUGAAGAGUUCCUUGACUCACACACGUCCGAGAAGAAGACCCUACCAGCCCAUUUCCCCGGCUGCAGAUGGGUAUUCCCUACGUCUCGAGAGCGCUGGAGCGUCGUAUUCGAGGAGAACCUGACGGCCUGGUUUGAUAUCUAUUCUCUUGUAAAUAUCUCGGAGAAGCAGGACCUUCAGGUCGAGGGGCUGAAGGAGUCUACGGCAUAUCUACUGGACGUCAUAAGGAGUGAAGUCGCUCUUCUUGGAGGCCGAAGCGACAGGCUUGUGCUCGCUGGGAUGAGCCAGGGCAUGGCAACGGCUCUCUGGACACUGCUGUGCUCUCCUGGACUGAUCAAGGGUAGGAUGGGAGGCAUGGUAGGCAUGUCUGGAUGGUUACCAUUUGCCGACGAGAUACUCGAUCUGAAUCCUCAGUCUCAGUCGCAGCCUCAGUCCUUACGAGAGAUGAUAUCGACUCAGUGUGGAGAACACAUUCAAGCUACAAAUGAAGAGGUCAAGAGGACGCUGUCUACGCCUGUGAUACUGCUACAUGGGGCGGACGAUGCCUGGGUGGGGGUCGAGCUCGGUCGACAGGCCCAUGCAGGCCUUGUCAAGCUGGGGAUGCCGGCUGUCUUCAAGGAGUAUACAGGCGCAGAUAACGACGGGCAUUGGGUCAAGGAGCCGGAGGGCGUCGAUGAUAUUGUCCGGUUCCUGAUGUCAAUACAGGAGGAAAUAUUAGUAACUGAACAGGGCAGACAACCCCUUCAGUAG